UCUCCCUUAGAAAUAGCACUUCGUGGAGUUGGUUUUGGUGUGUUCGCUGCAUAACGCAGCACAGGCCGCAGUGAAGUUGAAGAAGGAACUGCAAGGUCGUGCUUGAUUGCAGAAACCCAUAAAUCAUAUGUUUGUUCCAUCUCCAAUGGCCAACGACUCUUCGUUUUUGUUUUCCGGCAUUCGUUUCAACAGAAAGAAGUUCGGCGCCGAUAUCGCCAGAUUCCAGAAAAAAGAUAACGAUACUGAUUCGGCGAAGAUUUGGACCGUCGACGAAGACGGAAGCGCGAAAAUGAGGGAAGCAGUAGAAGAGAAAACAGCGUCCACGAAGAAGAGGAAGCGCAAGGGAAACUCUUCUGAAAAUGUUGAAGGAUUCAAUGUGUUUAGAAAUUCCACAUCUGUGGCGCAGUCUAGUGGUGAAGUUCAAGCUGAUCAGGAGUCUAUUGAGUUGAGUGAGAAGAAGAAUAAGAAGGAACAAAAUCGACAACUCGAGCGGAACGCGAUAUUCAGAAAGCAGCACAACAUUCAUGUCUCUGGUUAUAAUGUACCGUCGCCUCUUCAAUGCUUUGACGAAUUGAAAUCAAGAUAUAAGUGUCCAUCGUAUUUGUUGCGCAAUCUGAAGGAGCUUGGAUUCAGAGAACCAACGCCUAUUCAAAGACAGACUAUUCCAGUACUUUUAGAUGGUCGUGAGUGCUUUGCGUGUGCACCAACUGGUUCUGGGAAAACCCUUGCAUUUGUAUGUCCAAUGCUUAUGAAGCUUAAGGAACCAGAAAAGAGUGGCAUUCGAGCUGUUAUCCUUUGUCAUACCCGUGAAUUAUCUGCUCAAAUAUUUCGAGAGUGCAAAAAGCUGGCCAAAAGAAAAAAAUUUGGUAUUAAGUUAAUGACUAAAAAUCUUUUAAGAAAUUCUGAUUUUUCAAAGUUUCCAUGUGAUAUACUAAUAUCCACACCACUCCGAUUACGAUUGGCUAUCAAGAAGAAGAUUGAUCUCAGCAGAGUGGAGUAUCUUGUCCUUGAUGAAUCGGAUAAGCUUUUUGAGCCCGAAUUAUUCAAGCAGAUUGAUUCUGUUCUCAAGGCAUGCUCCAACCCCUCAAUCAUUCGCUCGCUUUUUAGUGCUACUUUACCUGAUUUUGUUGAAGUUCGAGCUCGAGAACUUAUGCAUGAUGCUGUUCGUGUAAUUGUUGGUAGGAAGAAUAUGGCUUCUGAAACGAUAAAGCAAAAUUUGAUUUUUACUGGAAGUGAAGAAGGAAAACUUCUUGCAAUUCGUCAAAGUUUUGCAGAGAGUCUAAAUCCUCCAGUAUUGGUCUUUCCCCAAAGCAAGGAACGAGCCAAGGAGUUGUACGGUGAACUUGCAUUUGACAACAUUAGAGUUGAUGUCAUUCAUUCUGAUUCUGCCUCCGCAUACGUCCACAGAAUUGGUCGUUCUGGCAGAGCAGGGAAGAGUGGAGAAGCGAUUACUUUUUACACAGAGGAAGACAUUCCAUUGCUGCGGAAUGUUGCUAAUCUAAUGGCAGCAUCGGGCUGUGAAGUUCCGCCCUGGCUCAUGGAGUUCCAAAAAAAGAAGUGGAAGAAGCACCGGCCCAAAAGAGAUUCAAUCUCAACAAAACCAGACCUAUAACAGCAUAGAAUGAGAACACUUGUUUAACCCAGAAAUUUCCGGUAAUAUUUAUGUCAUAACAGGCCAGGCAGCUUGGUGUUAAGAUUUCGUCGUUACCCAUCCCCAAAAGUUUAACACCAUGUAAAGGAAAGGGUUUGGAAUGUGAUUUAUAGAGUGACGUUUCAGGUUAAUUCAGUACAGAAGCUGACAGUGUUGCCUAAAAUCCUUUACAGUAUCACAAUGCCCUCAGACCUCAUUGUAAUAGCCAUCUGAACUGUAAAACCCCGUAUGCUUUGGGAAUUUUUGUGCCUCUUUAUGCUGUAAACUUGGAACUUUUUGCCCGUACAAGAAACGAGAGUAUUUUUUUUUAACUUUAAGAAUUCUUUUCAUUAAAUGUUAUUUUAUUGUGGGGGUGAUGUGGACUAUAUUAUUUUUAUUAUCAAGUGUUUUAAGAA